AUGGCAAAAGCCAUGUUUUGCUUUCUUCCGCUCGCCCACUGUCGCCUUCCUCCCACAACACUCGCAGCCGGGAACGCUCCCAGCAACACCAGCUUCGUCAACAUCACCGACCUCCAGAGCGGCAAGGUGGGAUUCGGCGCCGCCACCCCCGGGUCCAAGCUCAACUCAUCGUACACCAAGUCGGUGAAGCAGAUCCCCUGCAACAUCUUUGUCCUCCAGAUCAGCGCCCCCAUCCUAGUCCCAGCCAUCCUCGUCACCCCGGCGCCAUCGGCCUCGGACAUGAACGUGACGGCGCUGGUCGAGAAGGCCAAGUGCAAGACGUUUGCGGGCCUCCUCAUCUCGAGCGGCGUCAUUAAGACGUACCAGUCAACGCUGGAGAAGGGCCUAACGGUGUUCGCGCCCAACGACGAGUCCUUCAAGGCCAAGGGCGUGCCCGACGUGAGCAAGCUCUCCAAGGCCGAGCUCGUGUCGCUCCUGCUGUACCACGUGGUGGCGGACUACAUCCCAAUCGGGUCCCUGAAGACGAGCAACACCCCGAUCAGCACCCUCGCCACGAAUGGCGCCGGGAAGUACAAUUUCAAUGUGAAGACCACCGGCGACUCCGUCGCGCUCGACAUCAGGGUCGACUCCUUGCGGGUUAUUGGGAAUUUACGGUGGGUUGAUGCAUGA